GUCUGUGGUUCAUUCCGGAUUGUUGUGUGGCGCAGGAAAGUCUCGUCGCUCUGAUUUCGAUUAAUAAUAAAUAAGAAAUAAUUUUGAGUCUAAUAACCAUAUACAAAGGACAUUGGUGUGUAACAAUUAUGAUAAGACGACGUAGUGACUUAUAACAUUAUUUUGUGAAGUUUUGUUUUGCACAAUGGCUGGCACGGGCGGAACAUUUUUGCGACGAUUUCUACCAUCCAUCUUCGGAUGCCUGUUUCUAAUUUAUUUUGUGGAAUACAUCCCAACCGCUUCCGCCGAGGGCCAUUGCAUCUGGUACGGAGUGUGUACGAACAGCACUUCGAAACAGAAGAACUGCCUGUACAAUGGCACCGCCCAGAGGAUACAAGAGGGAGAUUCGAUUAAAAUUCUUCAGGAAUACUGCCCCGACAUCCUGGCAGGCGGAUUCUCCUGUUGCGACGAGGGUCAGCUGAAGAACUUCAAAGCCGGCAUAGGCACCGCUCUGGGGCUCCUGGCGCGAUGUCCCUCUUGCGUGGACAACUUCCUCAAGCACCUGUGCGACAUGACCUGCUCGCCCCACCAGAGCGACUUCUUAAGCCCCAAGAAGAUUGCCCAGUUCAACUCUACUCAUAAAAUGGUUGUAGAGGUGGACUAUCAUCUUGGCGCGACGUAUAUGAACACAACAUUCGAUUCCUGUAAAAGUGUCCAAAUGCCGUCGACGAACCAGCUAGCCCUGGACCUGAUGUGCGGCCAAUCGUACUCGUGCACGCCGCAGCGCUGGUUCGACUUCAUGGGCGACGUGGAGCUGCCGCCCGUGCCCUUCCAGAUCAACUACAUCUCCGGCGACGAACCGACAGACGGGUUCACGCCCAACAACCCGCCCACCAGGUCCUGCAAAGACGGCCUACCGGGCCAGCCAGGCUGCUCGUGCCUGGACUGCGACGACGCGUGCCCCCCGCCCGCGCCCGCGCCGCCCCCGCCGCGCCCCUUCAGCUUCCACGGCGCCGACGGGUACGCGGUGGUCAUGGCCAUCGUCUUCGUCAUCUUCACCACGCUGUUCCUGAGCGGCGUCUACUGCUGCAACGCGCAGGAGAACGUUAUCGAUGGGUGGGCGCGCGCGGCCGAGCUGCGGCGCGGCGGCGGCGGCCCGGAGACAAGUCCACUGCACAGCCACCGAUCCAGUGUAGCAUCUGAGAACAACCAAGAAAUGGCAUCAAACCCUCCGCCGGCCGGCUGGGCGGCAACCUCGGCAGAUAGCCCUGAGGAGGCCACGUUCUUCGAGAAGUUGGGAGCGGAGACGGAGACCCGGCUCGAGGACUUCUUCCAGUGGUGGGGCACCGCCAUGGCGUCGCGCCCUUUGGUUGUACUCUUCUUUGGCUUCUGUUUCGUGGUGGCGCUCGGUUUUGGCGCGCAUUUUAUGAUCAUGACCACUAACCCCGUAGAGUUGUGGGCGUCACCCACUUCGCGCUCUCGCCUGGAGCGGGAGUACUUCGACUCGCACUUCGAGCCAUUCUACAGAACUGAGAUGUUGAUCAUAAGUUCCAAAGGCCUGCCCAACUUAGAGUACACCUCUUCAGAUGGAGCGGUCUGGGAGUUUGGACCGGUGUUCAAUUCCACCUUCCUAUUGAAGGUCUUGGACCUGCAGAACAGAAUUAUGGCGCUCGGGUCGGAGAACACCACGCGCAUCUCUGACAUCUGUUUCGCGCCGCUGUCGUCUCCGUUCACGGGCCCGGUGACCGCGCAGCAGUGCGCCGUGCAGUCCGUGUGGGGCUGGUACGAGAACGACCCCGACCAGGUCACCGACUAUCUGGACGACAACGAGUACCUGGAGAAGAUCAUCACGUGUUCCAAGAACCCCUACAUGUGUCUGUCGGUGUGGGGCGGGCCCGUGCUGCCGGGGGUCGCGCUGGGAGGCUUCCUGGCGCCCGGUGAGCCGCUGAGCAAGGCGUCGCGCUUCCACCGCGCCAACGCGCUCAUACUCACCUUCCUUGUCGACAACAAGCACGAUACGGAGAAGCUAACGCCGGCGCUGCAGUGGGAGGAGGAGUUCAUCAAGUUCAUGAAGAACUACACGGCGACCGAGAUGCCCGAGUACAUGGACAUCGCGUACACGUCGGAGCGCUCCAUCGAGGACGAGCUGAAGCGCGGCUCCAAGUCGGACGUGUACACCAUCCUCGUGUCGUACUUCAUCAUGUUCGCGUACAUCGCCAUCUCGCUCGGCCGCUUCACCAGCUGCUCGCGGCUGCUCAUCGACAGCAAGGUCACCCUCGGCCUGGGAGGUGUGCUGAUCGUGUUGGCAUCGGUGCUGUGCUCGGUGGGCAUAUUCGGGUACUUCGGAGUGUCGGCCACGCUCAUCAUAGUGGAGGUGAUCCCCUUCCUGGUGCUGGCGGUGGGGGUGGACAACAUCUUCAUCCUCGUGCAGACCGCGCAGCGAGACCCGCGCAGACCGGACGAGACCAUCGAACAGCAUAUUGGCAGGACGUUGGGUCAAGUGGGUCCUUCAAUGUUCCUCACGUCAGUGUCGGAGUCAGUGUGUUUCUUCCUUGGCGCGCUGAGCGACAUGCCCGCCGUGCGUGCGUUUGCGCUGUACGCCGGCGCAGCGCUGCUCGUGGACUUCCUGCUGCAGGUCACGUGCUUCGUGGCGCUGUUUGCGCUUGACACGCGCCGUCAGCUCAGCAACAGAUACGACAUCCUGUGCUGCGUGUCGGGCAGCAAGGACAGCGACGCGCGCGAGGCCGGCGACGGUGCGCUGUACAACCUGUUCCGCUACGUGUACGUGCCGUUCUUGAUGAAGCGCGAGGUGCGCGCCUCCGUCAUGAUCAUAUUCUUCGCCUGGCUGUGCUCCUCCGUCGCUGUGGCCCCGCACAUAGAGAUCGGCUUGGACCAGGAGCUCUCCAUGCCGCAGGACAGCUUCCAGCUGAAGUACUUCCAGCACCUGAACCAGUACCUGAACAUCGGGCCGCCGGUGUACUUCGUGGUGACGGACCACGAGGGGCUGGACUAUUCGGACCGCGACGUGCAGAACUUGAUGUGCGGCACGCGCUACUGCAAGAACGACAGCGUGGCCAUGCAGCUGUACUCUGCGUACCGCACGCCCAGCGUGUCGUACAUCGCGCAGCCGCCCAACGGCUGGCUGGACGACUUCUUCGACUGGUCCUCCACGCCCACCUGCUGCAAGCAGUUCCCCUCCAACGACUCCUUCUGCCCCAACGAUAACAGCGUGCCGCCGUGCCAGUCGUGCAACAUAAGCCUGGUGGGCGCCGAGCAGCGGCCAGACGCGCAGGACUUCAAGCACUACGUGCCGUUCUUCCUGCAGGACAACCCCACCACCACCUGCGUGAAGGCCGGCCACGCGGCCUACGGCCACGCCGUCAACUUCAAGACCAACGGCACGCAGAAGCUGGUCGGAGCUACGUACUAUCAAGGCUACCACUCGGUGCUGAAGACGAGCUACGACUACUACUCGGCGCUGCGCGCGGCGCGCUCCAUCUCCGCCGACAUCACCGAGACGCUCAACCGCAACCUGCAGGCGGCCGGCAAGAACGUCACCCUCAACGUGUUCCCCUACUCCGUGUUCUACGUCUUCUACGAGCAGUACCUCACCAUGUGGCCCGACACGCUCAAGUCGAUGGGCAUCUCCGUGCUGUCCAUCUUCCUCGUCACCUUCAUCCUGAUGGGCUUCGAUCUGUUCUCUGCGCUGGUAGUUGUGAUCACCAUCACGAUGAUAGUAGUAAAUCUCGGCGGCCUCAUGUACUGGUGGGGAAUCAGUCUCAACGCAGUCUCAUUAGUUAAUUUGGUGAUGGCGGUGGGCAUAGCGGUGGAGUUCUGCUCGCACCUGGUGCACACGUUCAGCGUGUCGGGCGGCGGCUCGCGCGUGCAGCGCGCCUCGUACUCGCUGUGCACCAUGGGCUCGUCCGUGCUGUCGGGCAUCACGCUCACCAAGUUCGGCGGCAUCGUGGUGCUGGCCGCCGCCAACAGCCAGAUCUUCCAGGUGUUCUACUUCCGCAUGUACCUCGGCAUCGUGGUGCUGGGUGCCGCGCACGGGCUCAUCUUCCUGCCCGUCAUGCUCAGCUAUAUCGGUUCGCCGGUCAACAAGCAGAAGCUCGCCAAGCAGCAGCUGCGCGGGCAGGAGGCGCGCGUGGCGGAGACCUCGCUCAGCAGAGUACGCCUGUAAUGCCAAGGAAUAAGAACCAAAUUAUAUGUACCGCAUCACUGUUUAACAGUUUUAAUUCAGUGUGGGAAGUUUUCUGAACAAAUAUUUUAUUUUUUAUAUAGUUUUCGAUUCUUGUAUUUGAAUGUUGAGAUUUCCGAAUAUAAUAGUGAGCGCCCUCUAUGUUCCUUGAUAUGCAACUAAUUUUGUAUUUGGAAUUCAGUGGAAUUUGUAAACUUUAGUAUUUUGUAACGGUUAUUUAUGUAAUAGUUUCGAGUGUUUUAUACCAUUUACGGAAUCUCCUACUUAAAUGGAAUACUUAAAAGUUAGUACUUAAUAUUAGAGGGUGUCGCUUAUAUAAUAAUAAUAAUAAUUAUCCAAAGGUUUUGGUUAUAGGUAAUGUAUUGUAUAACUGGCUAGUUAUUGUGAUAGAUAAUAAAUUGAGAUUUUUUUAUUA